UUUAAAAAUCCUUCAGCGCUAAUGAGCAACCUUGACAAGAAGAAAGACGAAGAAGAAGGGGAGAUUAAAGUAGAAACUAGAGAUAGUACAACGAAUAGGAGGAAGUCUAAGCGACCAAGGUGGAAACGGAGCAGAAGCAGGGGAAGAGAUAGGUCUAGGGAUAGGUACACCUCCAGUAGGAGAGAUAGGUCACGGAGACAUAGAGAUAGCAGAAAGAAACGUAAAACUUCACAUUCUGAUAAUUCAUCCAACGGUUCUUAUAGAUCUCAUUCUCGUCGAUCUAAGCACAGGAAAAGAGAUCGAAAGGAAAGGGAUAAAAGAAGAAGUUCAGAGAGGAGAGAUAGGUACAAGGAUAGAUAUUCAACCAGAGAUGAAAUCCCUUCUUCCAAGAAUUUAGAUACAAAAGAGACUAAGUUAGAUCCAAAAGAAGAUACUUCAGUAAAGAAGGAACCAUCGAUCACCGAAGAUAAUGUUUUCAUCAACAUGGAAGACGAAGAGGAGCGUCUGAAAAGAGAGCAAGAAGAAAGGGAACGUAGGAUCAAAGAGAUUAUGUCCAAGCAUAACAAGACAGUUGGCAAAGAACCCCAAGAUUCACAAGCUGGUCAAUAUUUAGAACCAAGCCAAACGAAUCCAGAUGAAGAGCAAAAGGAUGACUUAUCUGCUAACAGUGAAAAGGAUGAAGAACUGAAGAAAAUGGAUGAAGAGAAUGUAAAACUACUCAAAAUGCUUCAACAAGAAAGACUCAAUCUUGAAAAAUCUACAGAAAAAGCAGCUCAGCCUCAAGAGGAAAAAGAAGAGAACAAGAGUGAAGCUAGUGGAGAAAGUUUUGAUAUGUUCAACUUCGAUUCAGAUGGUGAGGAUAAUCAAAAUAUCAUCAACAAAGCAGUUGACCAAGGAAUUAAGAUCCAGUCUGAUGAUAUCAAUGUUGAUGCCGAUGGAUAUUACCAGCCAAGAAUAGGUGAAAUAAUCACAGCCUCGUCGACAGGAAAGCAAUAUAAAAUAGCCUCUAUUGCUGGUAAAGGAGUGUUUUCAGUAGUCGUUAAAGCUGAAGACGUUAACUCCAAAGAGGAUGAUGAACACAAACUGGUCGGUAUAAAGAUCAUCAGACUCAGAGACAUUAUGGUUCUCUCCGGUAACAAAGAAAAAGAUAUUCUAAAGGACUUAAAUGAAGGUGACGCUUGUAAAAAUCGUUACAUUAUCAGAAUGAUUGAUCAUUUUUAUUAUAGAAAACAUCUUUGCAUUGUAUUUGAGCACAUGCAUCUCAAUCUAAGGGAAAUCCUCAAGAAAUACGGUAAAAGCAUAGGUCUCUCACUCCAGGGGGUAAAGAUGUACGCCACCCAACUUUUGAUUGCCCUUGAUUUCUUGAGAAGGAAAAGAAUUAUUCAUGCAGAUCUUAAGCCAGAUAAUAUCCUAGUCCAGGAAGACCUUUCAAAGAUUAAGCUCUGUGAUUUUGGUACCGCAUUUAGUGUUGAUGAAAGAACCAUAACCGAGUACUUAGCAUCAGGAUUUUAUAGAGCCCCAGAAGUCAUAAUUGGGUGUAAUUAUGACACUCAAAUAGAUGUUUGGGCAGCAGGAGUCUCUCUUUAUGAAAUUUACACAGGAGAUGUGAUGUUUCCAGGAGAUUCCAACACAGAGAUGCUAAGACUUAUUAUGGAGAUAAAAGGUAGAAUAAGUACAAAAAUGUUGAAGAAAGGUGAAUAUACUUCGAAACAUUUUGACAGUCAGUCAAGAUUGCUUGUCAGAGAUCUUGAUCCUCAUACCAAACAGAUUAUCUUUAAGCCGACUCCAGUUCAUCCAAGUCCUACUAAAUCUUUAGCAGAUAUCCUCACCAAGAAGAGAUCAAAGGGUGAUGACCCAGAGUUGCUAAAGAAGUUUGCAGAUUUUCUUGAGAAAUGCCUAAGAUGUGAUCCUAGGAAAAGGCUGACUCCAAGUGAAGCCUUGCAUCACCCAUUUAUUAAGGAUCAGUGCUAAAAUUUGCAUCAAA